UUCCGACCCCAAGCCUAUCGGCAACCUACUCACAGUCUAUAAGCAAACAUCAGCUUCAAAAUUUUGCGGCGACAAAACCAUUUCGAAUCGACUAAGUUCUCUCAUCUAUUUUGAACACAAAAGCACUGAUUCAAGAUCAAAUCAUUCCAUGGCUUCGAUCAUUUCCAGCGGUUUUUCCUCAUCUUUACCCCUACCAGUUUUGAUCGUACCUAUACCAAAAGGAAUUGGUGGAUCUGUUACUUUCGAUGGGAGAACUUAAGAAAUUGGUUGAAGAGGGAAAAAUAAAAUACAUAGGUCUAUCCGAGGCCUCACCCUCAGCAAUUAGAAGAGCACACGCUGUUCACCCAAUUACAGCUGUUCAGCUGGAGUGGUCUUUGUGGGUAAGAGAUGUGGAGGAAGAAAUAAUUCCUACUUGCAGGGAACUCGGUAUUGGGAUUGUUGCUUACAGUCCUCUAGGACAUGGAUUCUUCUCAUCAGACCCAAAGCUGCUGAAAAACUUGCCGGAUGAUGACUUCCGGAAGAAUCUGCCGAGGUUCCAACCUGACAACCUUGAAUAUAACACAAACAUGUAUGACCGGGUUCAUGAAAUGGCAGUAAAGAAGGGAUGUACCCCAUCUCAGCUAGCAUUGGCUUGGGUUCAUCACCAAGGGAACGAUGUGUGUUCCCUUCCGGGUACGACUAAGAUUGAAAACCUCAACCAGAACAUUGCAGCUUUGUCUGUUAAUCUUACACCUGCAGACAUGGCUGAGCUCGAAUCCAUUGCUUCAGCUGAUGCAAUCAAGGGUGAAAGGUUUCCAUCUGAUCUUUUUACAUGGAAGAAUUCAGACACUCCACCAUUGUCCUCGUGGAAAGCUUAA